AUGUCAACUCAACUGAGAGCCAAGACGACUGGGUUGGUCAUUGAUGAACGUCCUGAACGUACAGACUCCCCUUCGCAAAGUGAUGACGUAGCGUCUUCAUACGAUAGCGAAUACGACGACGAUGAAAGCGAUUACGAAGACAGCGACUCGGAUGAGGAAAGCGACGAUCAACCGGUGCUCGGUCCGUUGCAGCGCCUCUCAAAUGCUCUGAGAUUGAAGCAGCAACAUUUGCUCGCUAAGCGACGUCAUCCAGUGCUUGAAUGGAAGGCAGACGCUCAAUGGCACGCCGACAAUGCAGCAGGUCGGGCAGCUGCCGCGCAAGAACAAAAGCGCCGUGAAGAGGUGACAGUGGAGAAGAAAGCGCGUCGUGAACGCAAGGUGAAGCGCAAAGCUCAGCGUCACUUCACCAAGCAGAAAGAGAACGAGUUUCGCACUCUUCUGGAGGACUACAACGUAGCCAUCAUCAAAAGCAAGAAGCGCACUGAACUACUGACGCAGUUUUCUAUUGAAAACCGCUCCAUUGAGAAGCGAAAGCUUGCUGCUAUUGAGGCUGCUAAGCGUGUAGAUCAGUUACGCGACGCGGCUGACAAGAUAGCGCAAGCGGAACAGCGUGAUGAAGAGGAAAAGCAGCUUACGCUUAACAGGUUACAGCUCUGCAUCGAUACCUCCAAUGACAUGGGGAGGCGAUAUGGAUUACUCCCCGCUAUCAACACGCCCACAGCAGCAGCACCAGACGAGCAGGGUGAGACGUCCACCAGACAGUACUUUACGCUCAACUUGAAGCGUUGCAAACAUGUCGAAGAACUCCGAGGCGAGAGGAUUGGCGAUCGAGGGGCAAAGGAGCUGGCUCGGUCUUUGCUAACGGGCGCAUGUCCACGCGUUCGCAGCAUUCAUCUAGGGUGGAACCUCGUCAAGUAUCCUGGGAUAGCGGCGCUGGCGGAUUGCUUUACUCGUGGUGCGUGUGCUCAGCUCCAGGAGCUUGAUUUGCGGUGCAACAAUAUCGAUAGCAAGGCCUUCGCGACGCUACUCACCGCUUUAGAAAAGGGAGCAUUGCCAGAGAUACUGGACAUCGGGUUACAGGGCAAUAUUUUGGGUGAUGGAGGCGCUCGUGCACUUGCACACGCGUUUUUCAGAGGUACACUUCGUGGGUUACGACGAGUUGAUAUACGCCAGAACAGAAUACGCAAUGACGGCGUUCUGGCACUCUGGAACGUGUUCACGGCUCCUAACUUCCGGAGGUUUUGUCCAAAGCUUGAACUCCUGGAUAUGCGUCGGAACGAUGCGCACGGGGCACUUACAAGGUCGUUUUGUCCGUGUCCUCCUUACCUCACAUUUUGA